AAGAUUCCGUGCACUCACUCCAACAACUGUUCCACCCAUAUCUAAUUUAAGCAUCGAAGCCAAACAAUCUGACUUCUUCCCGGCUUCACGGUCCCCAGCCCCAAAACGCAGUUGUAUCGUUCUCUCCGACGCACUCCAGAUCAGUGACACCCGAGCUCCGGCAAGAGGCAAAGUCACACUCAUUCGACCAAGCCACCAAGCGUUUUCUUCCUUUUCAGCACAGUGUCGAUCUACCAUGUCCUCCGACGAUGCCUAUGCCUCCUUUCUCGAGAGUGCCAACGCGGACCCGUUCGCCGACAUCCAGUCGAGCUCGAAUGCUUUCCCAUCGUUUCACGCCGCAAAAACGGUAGACAAGGACCAGCACGUUCCAAGGGCGCUACGGGAUGUAGAGUACUACUAUGUUUCUGACACAGAUGAGACGUUCCAACCAGUGGUGUUAGCAUGGGACAAGGCAGGACAAGGAAAAUGGCCGAGUCCAGAUGAAUUCAAAUCCCUUAUAUUUGACCCUUCCAACGCUUCCGAUCUCGAAACAUCCACCCUAUCCCUGGCCGAAUUUGACCCACGUAACCAGUACGAGACAGUCUUCCAUGCGAUUCGCACUGCUAUCUCGGGCUCGGAAGCUUCGGCAGCACCGGAGGCUGAGCUUCGAGUAUACAGGAUCCAACACGGAGAUACCCGCGUGGAGUAUUGGGCCGUGGGCUUAGAUAAGAGUGAGAACCGCCUCGUGGGGAUGAAGGCGCGGGCAGUGGAGAGCUGAAAGAGAGAGAGAGAGAGAGAGAACGGGGGGGGAAGGGAGCGACGGUGGAGUGGUCUGUCCUAUAAAUAGUUUCCCCAAUGCAUUGCUUGGUGCGUCUAAUGUGGGAAGAUCUUUGUGGUUUCAAAUGUAAAAUCAUUGUAUUAGUGGUGGAGCGGUGGGCUGUGUCUCUUUUGUUCCUGUUGGACCGUGGUUGUUAUCUGUUAGGUUGAGGCACGGCAUGCAAGCUGGAGCUGAAAGGCCUGGCCGAAAAUAAACUCUUUCGGAGAAGCCGAAUCCGCAGAUGUGUCGAGCAAAAAUUUUCUGGAAUGGCUAUUUUGAAGGGGAGGCUGCGAAUCUGUUUCCAAGGCAGGUUUCAUUACCUUCUAUCCACUUGAAACAGACUCCACGGAAGAGCAGCUCUAAGCUGGAGAAUUAUGUGCUCUCAAGUUCUAUGCAUUACCCAAAUCAAGGAAUAUAGGUCUUGAGCAUUCAUCUUGACAAUUUGGUUAUAUAUUAAAACAUAUAUAGUGACUACAUGCUAAUUCUUUGCCUGUGCUAA